UUGAUGCAGGGUUUUGGGACAAUUUAAAGCCCCUUCCUGUGUCCAAAUCCUUCGUAAAACCCUUCUGUGCGUACACAGAGAGAGAGAGAGGGAGAGAGGGAGAGUUCUGGUUAGGGUUAGGGUUAGGGUUUUCUCUCUAGAGCUGAGACGACGACGACUGCUAGUUAUGGAGGGAAUUACAGACGGAGUGAACAACAUAAACAUCUCUGAUUCAUCCUCUGUCUACAGCAAGAAGAACCGAAUCCAAGUCUCAAACACCAAAAAACCCCUCUUCUUCUACGUCAAUCUUGCCAAGAGGUACAUGCAGCAACACAAUGAGGUGGAACUCUCUGCUCUUGGAAUGGGUGUCAAGUUCACCUCAUUUUAUGCACUGUUGAACUGGCAUUUGUAUUUCUCUAUAGCUAUUGCUACUGUUGUGACCAUUGCUGAGAUCUUGAAGAAUAAUGGAUUGGCUGUUGAAAAGAAGAUCAUGACUUCUACUGUUGACAUGAGGGAGGAUGCUGGAGGAAGGCCAAUUCAAAAGGCAAAGAUUGAGAUCCUGCUGGGGAAGUCAGAGAAGUUUGAUGAACUGAUGGCUGCUGCUGCGGAGGAAGCCAUUGAAUACGAGGAGUAGAGUUGAAUUUGGUCUACCCUGAAAUUUUGCUGCUUGAUGAACUCUGUUUUCAAGUUGGUUAUGUCGAGGACUAUGAUGACUUUCAUAUUAGGUUUUUAUUAGUGUUGUUUACUAGUCGAUCCUGUCUAGGAAUUCUUGUACAAUACAUUCUUGUUUGCUAGUGAAAAGAAUUAAAAUUCGUUUGUAGGUUAUUUUUUAUAGCUUGAUGUUCAUUCAAGUAUGUCUGAAUUUGUUGUAAAAACUGCAUUUGUCUUCAGUCUUUAUGGAAGCGUUCUUGCUUUUUGCCAA